CUCACCAAACCUGAGGGCUUCGAGCCACGACGUUAAGUGAGAGGGAUUAGGGAGGAAAAGAAGUGGGCAGCUAUACGGCAGAUCCAGCAGACUUAAUUUGGGGGGUUUGACCGCGCGUGUCUUAAUAGGCUGCAUGCGAGAUCCUCAACUGGGCAUGCUCCAUCUGACAGACAAGAGCGGGGCUCGGUGUGAACAACAGGCAGUUUGGGCGUUUUGGAGGAGGCGUGUCGCCAUCUCGUCUGUGAUCUUCUUAGAAACAGCGAGAGCUGAAUUUACCCUCCCUCAAACAACAGACUGUGGAUCAUCUCUAUUAUUCGCUGAGCUUUUGUGACUGAGAAAGUCAGGUGCUUUGAGACAAAGAGCUGCUGCUCGGCGGUGGAGAGGGAGCGGGCUGCGGAGCGUGACGGGAGAGUCUGCAGGACCGAGCCUCCAUCAGCGCUGUCCGAUCAGCACCACCGCAGUCUCCGUGCUGAGAGGCACAGCCCUCCAGGAUCCUCUCAUCCAUCAUCCAUCACCGAGGAGCUGGACCUACUGCCACCCUUAGUGUUUUUAUCUCGACAUCUUGGAUUUACCAGCGAUGUGACGUCCAUUCCAAAUCUGAGCGCAUUGGCUGCAAUCAUUUUGGAUUUCGGUUCUUUACAUUAGACAAACUGGCAGCCGUUUAAGAUUCACCAGCGGCAGUUUUUUUGUUUUGUUUUGAAGAAAAUACAAGCUUUUUAGGGCAUGUAGCCCGGUGCAUGUCAAACAUCCCUGAUUUCGUCCCUAGUUGGUGAGAAACGACCGGUUGCUUCGUGCGUAAUUGCCACUUUAGUGCAUGGUUACACGGUGCGCCUACAGACCUAAAUUUGCGAUGAGGGGAAGUUAUUGGAGAAAUGCCUAAGGGACGCAAUGGGCCUGAGCGACGACAAGGAUCGCAUUGUGAUAAACGUGGGAGGGAUCAGACAUCAGACAUACCGCAGCACCCUGCGCACCCUACCUGGCACACGUUUGUCCUGGCUUGCCGAGCCUGAUGCGCCAAACCACUUUGACUACGAUGCCAAGAUCGAGGAAUUUUUCUUCGACCGCCACCCUGGCGUUUUUGCACAUAUCCUUAAUUACUACAGGACAGGUAAAUUACACUGCCCGGCCGACGUCUGCGGGCCGCUCUAUGAGGAAGAGCUGGCCUUCUGGGGCAUUGAUGAGACAGACGUGGAGCCGUGCUGCUGGAUGACCUAUCGCCAGCACCGGGAGGCAGAGGAGGCCCUUGAUAGUUUCGGCGGGGGAGGUCUGUUAGACCUGGCGAGCGACGAGGCCGAGGCAGAUCAUGAUCACACCGAGGAUGAUGUGGAUGAGAUCACAAGGAGGCUGGCGCAGCCAGGGGACUCACACGAUGUCAGGAGUGGUGGGAGCCUGUGGAGCCGGUGGCAGAGAUAUGUAUGGGCUUUGUUUGAGGACCCUUACUCUUCUAAAUAUGCAAGGUGGGUAGCUCUGGCCUCGCUGUUCUUCAUUCUGGUGUCCAUCACCACCUUCUGCCUGGAGACCCACGAGGCCUUCAACCCAAUCAUGAACCGCACUGAGGAAGAGCUGGUGGAUAACAAGAUAGUGGUGACCACCUACCAGGAGACUGAGACUGCGCCCUACCUCACAUACAUUGAAGGCGUUUGUGUGGUGUGGUUCACCUUUGAAUUUCUAAUGCGAAUAACUUUCUGUCCAAAUAAAUGUGAUUUCAUCCGGAACGCCCUGAACAUCAUCGACUUCGUGGCCAUUCUGCCCUUCUACCUGGAGGUGGGCCUCAGUGGCCUCUCGUCUAAGGCAGCUAAAGACGUGCUGGGUUUCCUGAGAGUGGUCCGAUUCGUGCGGAUCCUUCGUAUCUUCAAGUUGACUCGUCACUUUGUGGGACUUCGCGUGCUGGGCCACACUCUGAGGGCCAGCACCAAUGAAUUCCUUCUCCUCAUCAUCUUCCUUGCGCUUGGCGUCCUCAUUUUUGCCACAAUGAUCUACUACGCUGAACGGAUUGGAGCCAACCCCAACGACCCACGAGCCAGCGAGCACACGCAAUUCAAGAACAUCCCGAUUGGUUUCUGGUGGGCUGUGGUGACCAUGACGACCCUCGGCUAUGGAGACAUGUAUCCUCAGACGACGUUUGGUAUGCUGGUCGGAGCCCUGUGCGCCCUGGCGGGCGUGCUGACCAUCGCCAUGCCCGUCCCCGUGAUUGUCAACAACUUUGGAAUGUACUACUCGCUGGCCAUGGCAAAACAGAAACUACCAAAGAAAAAAAACAGGCAUAUCCCACGGGCACCCCAACCAGGUUCUCCCAACUACUGCCGUUCAAGCGUCAGCUCCCACCAGCCAAGCCCCAUCCCUCAUGACGACGUCUUCGAGAUAAAGUUUCAAGACUCCAAGCUCAACGGCGAGGCAGCUAAUGCAGCCCUGGCCAACGAAGACUGCCCCCAUAUAGACCAGGCCAUAUCCCCGGAGGAGAUCUUCAGCCCCAGCGAGAGAGAGCGGCCCUGCUUCCUGGUCACCACUACUGAGCGCCCCAACCACACAGGGGGCAGAGGGAGGAGGGAGAACCAGCGACAGCACCGGAGCAGACAACCAACAGAGUCAGUUUGUGUUAUGAACCAUGGUGUACCAACCACUAUGUGUACGACCCAUAAUGGCCCAUCACCCACCUGAUAGCGCUGUAGCAUUGUUGUGUGUAUUACUUAGUACUUUUAAAUGGGUGUGACAGUGACAACCUGUGCAUCACAAACUCAGCAUAGAUGUAGCACUGAGGAAGUUUUGUUGUCAAGCCUUAUGUAGCUCAGUAUCUGUGACUGGUUACUGUGUUGUAAUUUGUGUGCCUAUUUUUGUGCGUGCCAGUGCUGUAAAUACGCUUUUUUUGUGUGUUCAAGUUGUGUGUACCGAUGUUUUUGAGCAAUCAUCAAAUAUUUGUGUGCUUCUUCUGUUGAAAACAAACAAAAAAAUGUUGCUCCAGUUUAAAAUCACACCCCCUGCAGCAAAAACCCGUCACUUGUCACGUCAGCCAGACGUGACAUUUGAGAACAAAGUAGUCAACUUUGCACCGUCAUGGCCACAUCUUUGUACACUUGCACUUUUUUGCACCAGUGAACUUUUCACAUUCCUUUGAUAUUUUUUGAGGCAUCAGAGAAAACAUCCACAAAAAUUAAAAGAAUAGAGCCAGGAAAACCAGGGCCGGUUUUAAAAAGCACCACUUCUAUUCUGUCAUAAUGAGGCGUUAAAAUCACAAGCUGUGAUGUGAGGAUCGGUUAAUAAUUCAGAUAGUAAAUAUGAGAGCUUUGAUGAACAGAAUAGAUAAAAUGGAACUAUUACAACGAUAUAAAAUAUGUCACAGCUCAAACAUUAAUAGCUAUUAUGGGCUACAAUAGUCAUUUAAUUGACAAUCAUGUAGAAUUGGAUUGUUCUUUCUUUUCUGUACAUAUGCAAUUUGGUAUAUUAAUAUGUAAUACCGACUAAUGCCAAACCAUCACUACCAUACUGGAUAAGUGCCUCUGUUAUGCAAAUUACUCUUGACAUUCAGGAGAUCCCAGUACUUAACAAAUGAAUGUUUUACUUUAGCCAUCAGUCACCAGCCAUCGAAAACAGAUCAGUUCAGCAUGCAAAAGCACAAAGACACAAUGAGAACCCCCGUACGGAUCAGCUUCUGCAGUCACGCAAUGAGGGUACCCGCUCAAAACUGACCCUUGAGGACAAAGCAGACUCAGUGUGUGCUGAAGUUAGUGCGAAGGGACCAACUUUAACCAAACAACUGCCAACUCACUGCCGACAACUUGCCUAGACCUGAGAGCAGUCAGGCGCAGCAGAACUGAAUGUGCCAGCUGAGCCGAACACCAACCAGCGAGGGGGGACAGUGCUGAUCAUUGUUCAACACGUUCUUUUUUACAUUUUUUUUUUAAGACAACAAUGCAGCAACUGUUAUUGUGAACCGAAACGACACAACUCCAAGGCGACCUGCGUGUGCCGUUUAGUGAGACUUCAGAGUGUGUUGGGACACCGUGCAUCUCGUGGUUAGAUAUCUCAGAUAUGGUGUUCAGUGAUCGUUUUUAUUGGUUUGUUGUUUGGCGAUUUUUUUGUGUCUCUUUUGACCAAUGCAGUUCAGACCUGUACAAUAAAUAGUAAUAAAUAAAAGAAGAAAGAC